AUGUCUCCAUAUCAUUUGGUGUUUGGAAAGGCAUGUCAUUUGUCUGUUGAGCUGGAGCACAAGGGACUAAAGAAGUUGAACCUCAGUUGGAGUGAAACAGCAAACCUGAGACUGGAUCAGAUUAAUGAAAUGUAUGAAAUUCGUCUGAGGGCUUAUGAGAGGUUGACUCUAUCUAAAUGGUCUGGGCCAUUCAAGGUCACUCAGGUAUUUCAGUCAGGUGCUAUUGAGCUUGAAAAUGACAAGGGCGAGAGGUUCAAAGCUAAUGGUCAGCGAAUCAAAGCAUACCUGGGAGUCCUAGAGGAAGUGAAAACAGUGGAGGAAUGCAAACUUGAUAAAAUCUGA